GUCAGCUUCACCACUUGCCAGGCUCCACCCCUUCCACCCGCCGUCCCUCCUCCCUCUUGACCAUCCAUCUCCAUCAACAUCGGCUUGACACAGUCCUCAUCUCCUGAUUUCCAAUAAUCCAUCCACCAUCAGUAAACAACAACAACAGUCUUACUUUCCAAUCAGUUCUUAUCAAGCGCUCUCCCCCAGAAAACCUUGACUCUCAUCUUCCUUUUUACCGCCCUCUUAAACCUCCAUCAUGUCCGACGACCCUUCCAUCAAGAAAGAAACCCAGGCCGAAGCCGACCAUGACCCUGCUACAGCCAUCCUCAGGGCAAAAAAAUCUCCAAACCGAUUGGUUGUCGAUGAAGCUACCUCCGAUGACAAUUCAGUCGCUACUCUCAAUCCUGCGACAAUGGAAACAUUGUCCCUGUUCAGAGGUGAUACCAUCAUCGUCAGAGGCAAGAAGCGCAAAGACACCGUCUUGAUCGUCCUCAGCAGCGAUGACGUAGACGAAGGUAAAAUCCAAAUGAACAAAGUUGCCCGAAACAACCUUCGAGUUAAGCUUGGUGACGUUUGUAACGUCCACCCAUGCCACGAUAUUAAGUAUGGUAAACGUAUUCACGUCUUACCCUUCGAUGAUUCCGUUGAGGGUCUCACUGGGAACCUCUUUGAGGUAUUCCUGAAGCCUUACUUCCUCGAAGCUUACCGACCUGUUCGAAAGGGAGACUCCUUUUUAGCGCGUGGGGCAUCUCGAUCGGUUGAAUUCAAAGUUGUCGAGACUGACCCAGCCGAGUACUGUAUCGUAGCGCAAGAUACCGUCAUUCACACCGAAGGGGACCCAAUCAAACGUGAGGAUGAAGAAGGUAAUCUCAGCGAGGUUGGUUAUGAUGAUAUCGGUGGAUGCCGCAAGCAGAUGGCCCAAAUCCGAGAAUUGGUUGAGCUCCCACUAAGACACCCUCAGCUAUUCAAGAGCAUCGGUAUCAAACCCCCUCGUGGUAUUCUCAUGUUUGGUCCUCCUGGUACCGGGAAAACUCUCAUGGCCCGAGCCGUUGCCAAUGAGACUGGUGCCUUUUUCUUUUUGAUCAAUGGCCCGGAAAUCAUGAGUAAAAUGGCCGGUGAAAGUGAAAGCAAUUUGAGGAAGGCAUUCGAGGAGGCUGAAAAAAAUGCCCCCGCCAUCAUCUUCAUUGAUGAAAUCGAUUCUAUUGCUCCCAAGAGAGAGAAGACCAACGGAGAAGUCGAGCGUCGAGUAGUUUCUCAACUGCUUACCUUGAUGGAUGGCCUUAAGGCUCGAUCCAAUGUCGUUGUAAUGGCUGCCACAAAUCGUCCGAAUUCUAUCGACCCCGCGCUUCGUCGAUUUGGUAGGUUCGACAGGGAGGUAGAUAUCGGUAUCCCCGAUGCCACUGGUCGUCUUGAGAUCUUGCGAAUCCACACGAAAAACAUGAAGUUAGGCGAUGACGUUGACUUGGAGAAGAUCGCUGCUGACACUCACGGAUAUGUCGGUUCGGAUGUGGCAUCACUUUGUUCGGAGGCUGCCAUGCAACAAAUCCGAGAAAAGAUGGACCUUAUCGAUCUCGAUGAAGAUACGAUUGAUGCGGAGGUCUUGGACUCACUCGGAGUUACCAUGGACAACUUCCGAUUCGCUCUUGGUACAUCGAACCCAUCGGCUCUCAGAGAGACCGUUGUCGAAGUGCCCUCAGUCACCUGGGACGAUAUUGGUGGUUUGGAGAAAGUCAAACAAGAGUUGCAAGAAACCGUGCAGUACCCGGUCGAGCAUCCGGAAAAGUUCCUCAAGUACGGUAUGUCACCCAGCAAGGGAGUCCUAUUUUAUGGACCCCCAGGUACUGGUAAGACCCUUUUGGCGAAAGCUAUCGCCAAUGAGUGUCAGGCUAACUUCAUUAGUAUCAAGGGACCUGAGCUCCUUACGAUGUGGUUUGGUGAAUCUGAGGCCAACGUUCGAGAUGUGUUUGACAAGGCACGAGCUGCUGCUCCAUGUGUGAUGUUUUUCGAUGAACUGGAUUCGAUAGCUAAAGCUCGUGGAGGUAGUUCGGGUGAUGCGGGUGGUGCGGGAGAUCGAGUGUUGAAUCAGAUCUUGACAGAAAUGGACGGGAUGAAUGCGAAGAAGAACGUGUUUGUGAUUGGUGCUACCAAUCGACCUGACCAGAUCGACCCUGCGCUUCUACGACCUGGACGUUUAGACCAACUGAUCUAUAUCCCCCUACCGGAUGAGACUUCCCGAGAAUCAAUCCUCAAGGCAGCUCUCAAGAAGUCGCCCUUAUCACCAUCAAUCAACCUGAGAUUCUUAGCUCAAUCGACUCAUGGUUUCUCUGGUGCCGAUCUGACUGAGAUCUGUCAACGGGCUGCCAAGCUAGCGAUUCGAGAGAGUAUCGACAAGGAUAUGCAGAAGGAGAGGGCGAAGAGGGCAAGGGAGGCAGAACAGGAGGCCGCAGGUGGUGAGGCGAUUAUGGACGAGGAUGACACGGAAGAGGAUCCAGUUCCAGAAAUCACAGCCGCUCACUUUGAGGAAGCUAUGAAAUACGCUCGACGAUCAGUAUCGGAUCAAGAUAUCAGACGAUACGAGAUGUUUUCGACCAACUUGCAACAGAGUCGAAGUUUUGGCAGCUCGUUCAAGUUUCCAGAGGGUGAAGGUGGUGCUGCUGGGGGUGGUGGGGCGGCCCAAUUUGGGCAAGAUAACGAAGAUGACUUGUAUGCUUGAUGGUUUGUUCCUCUUGAGCUUCAAUUCUGCCAUCCCAAGUUAAUAAUAAAAAAAAAAAGAAAAACGUGAUGAAGCUUCCAAUAUGUAUUAUCUGCAAACAGAACCGGGGGUUAAUCUUCUCUUUCUUGCAACCACUCGUUGACUCUCGGCUACUCCAUGAUCGGGGGGGGGGGGUUGUUUUUGAGUGAUUAAU